GCUACCGCCGAGCGGGGACCGCAGGGACCCGGGUGCGGACGUGCGCAGGCAGCGGAGUGCCGCCGCCCUCUGCCUCAUGAGCUGCACCAGAAUGAUCCAGGUUUUAGAUCCACGGCCUUUGACAAGUUCCGUCAUGCCCGUGGAUGUGGCCAUGAGGCUGUGCUUGGCUCAUUCGCCACCUCUGAAGAGUUUCCUGGGCCCUUAUGAUGACUUCCAACGAAGAAAUUUCAUGAACAAAUUAAAGCCUCUGAAGCCGUGUCUCAACAUCAAACAGGAGGCCAAAUCACAGACCGACUGGAAGCCUUCACGCAACCAGGGCAAGAAGCGGGUGGUGUUCGCGGACUCCAAGGGCCUGUCCCUCACCGCCAUCCACGUCUUCUCCGACCUACCAGAAGAGCCAGGCUGGGAUCUCCAGUUUGACCUCCUGGACCUGAACGAUAUCUCCUCGGGCUUAAAGCUCCACGAGGAGAAAAAUUUGAUUUUAGAUUUCCCUCAGCCUUCAGCCGAUUACCUAAGUUUUCGGAACCGCUUCCAGAAGAACUUUGUCUGCCUGGAGAACUGCUCUUUGCAGGAGCGAACGGUGACUGGGACUGUGAAAGUGAAAAACGUGAGCUUUGAGAAGAAGGUUCAGAUCCGGAUCACGUUCGACUCCUGGCAGAGCUACACGGACGUGGACGGCGUCUACAUGAACAACGUGUACGGUGGCUCAGAGAGUGACACCUUCUCGUUUGCCAUCGACUUGCCCUCUGCCAUCCCAACCAAGGAGAAAAUCGAGUUCUGCAUCGCAUACCACGCCAAUGGGCAGGUCUUCUGGGACAACAACGAGGGUCAGAAUUACAGGAUUGUCCAUGCACAGUGGAAACCCGACGGGGUGCAGACCCAGGAUUGUGCAUUCCACCAGGAGCCCCCCAAGACCGAGUUGGAAUCCACUGUCUUUGGCAGCCCGAGGCUGGCCAGCGGGCUCUUCCCGGAAUGGCAGAGCUGGGGGAGGAUGGAGAACUUGGCCUCUUAUCGAUGAAUUAAGCAACCUGGCGACGGGUCUUGACCUUCUUCCCCAUGUAAUUCUAGGUCUGUGUUGCUCAAUAGUAGGAAGUCUUUGCUACGUUCCUUCGGUAGGUUUAGGUUUGAGCUUUUGAGACCUGGCUAGGAAGAAGAUUGCCACUUGAGAAUUUAGUGUGGGCGUCUAUAUGGAUGCUGCCCAAUUUUGCCAUGGAGGAUCAAACAACAGCCUGGAAACCCAAUUUUUAUGAGAGUAAUACUUUGUCAGUGCCCUUGUCUCCUUCCCUCUCAAUUCACUGGCUUUCACGUUGGGCAAGGAAAGGUUGAGGAGGGACAGUGGAUGGUGAUGGAAAGCUGUGUUAAUGGUCCGAGGAAUGUCUGAAACGGCUUCACAGAGGGCUCUGCAGCUCCAGUCAGAGCACGAGUGACAGGUCUGAUACUUAACUGUUGAUGAGAAAAUGUAAGGUUACUUUGUCUUUUUAAGUUGGUUUUGCAUUUUUCUCCAGGGGAAAUAAUUUGUAGAUGGGAGAAAAAAGAUCCAUCCUUUGUGUUCUCAUGGAGAACAACCCAAAAAAACCUUAGGGGUGUUGAGUGGUAUGAGGGAAUGGUGAAUUAUAACUCUGGAGAAUCAAGGUUUUACGGGAAGCCUUUCUGUUCAAACGUGACUUAUCAAAAAUCCGGAUUUGGGGAAAGCUUAAGCAAAUCUGGCUUUGCGGUGGUAAUGGGAUAAGUGACCUUGUUUGUGAUCAGGGAGUCAUGCUUGGAUUCUCAGUAUAGAUGCUGCCUGACCAAAAAAACCACCCCAUCGUCAAUGGCCAACAACUUGUAGGGACUCUGGGUCAUGUCAAAGGUCACUCUUUGCAAGUGCCUCAAUUAAAUCAGAAUAUUGUAGUUGCUUAACCCAAGAAUCUGAAGGAUCAUCUAAUAACUCAUGAAUGUUUGGCCUCAGAAGAAGGUCCACUUUGUAUACUGGCAUUCCUCCUGCUAUACCAUUGUACCUUUAAGAGUGUUGUCGGUGUACACAACUCACAUCCUUCAUAUUGAAGGUGACUCAUUUUUCUGCCACACUUUUUCGAUGUGAUGUUGGAAGUGAGGACUGACACUGAUUCUCAAUUCAAGAAUCUGGUACCUUGCACAUAAAAGCAGCCAUUUUUUUUCUCUUGCCUGUAUUCUUGUUAUUUUAAGUCUUUCUAUCAAUUUUUUUGAAAUCCACUUUUUUUUUUAAAUGAAUGUGAAUUGUUUUGGGUAUAUUGUAAUAUACUUGUUUGGGAGAGUGCAUAAAUCCAUUCUGUGAGAUCUUAAGAGCUCAGUGUUUGCUUCUAUCAUUGUGCACGCCCAUUGAGAGGUGUUCAGAGAAUGCAGUUAACUUUAACAUGUGUGACCUGCCGUGCUGGAAAAGUACUAUUGGAAUAACUCUGCUUAGGACAGUAUUUGAGGUCUGGCUAGCACCCACAAUUUUUCUACUCUAAAUAUUUCACUCUCCUAUAAGCUAUCCUCUGUGAACUUCUCACUAUAAGAAUAAAAGUGUUUGAUA